AGUUGUGCUUGCCCCUGCCUGAUUCUAUCGUAUCUCUGGUUUCCACCGGACUGCUGCGGGGCGUGGCAAUGGCUGAGGAUGGCCAUCGCAGGAGCGGAGAGGGGGCCUCCCCUGGAGGUGGCUCUGACGUGGGCGGCAGUCCAUCUUCGGUCAAGGCGCUAUCAUCGUGGGACACAGCAGCGGAGUUCUUCAACUACUACUCGUCCAUGAAGGAUUACGUGGACAGCCUGGUUGCCGAUAGCGUCGGACAACAUGUGCAUAGGAUUGCUGCCACGUGUCCUUCGCCAAUUGUGCUUGACGUGGCCGGUGGCACAGGAUGGUGCGCCAUCAAAGUCGCCCAACGAUUCCCCCAAGCGCAGAUCACGGCGACUGAUUUUAGCUCGGCUAUGGUGGAGUUCAUGAAGCGCAACAUAAAGGAGGCGGGCGUCGCCAACAUCGUCGCGAAAGUGAUGGACGGCCAAGAUAUGAAGGAGGUAGGGGACGGGAGCGUGGACGUGCUGACGUGUAAUUUCGGGAUCAAUUGUUUUCAAGACAGGGCUCGAGGAUGGCGGGAAAUUCAGCGCGUGCUAAGGCCAGGAGGGCGGGCGGUGGUGGUCACGUGGAUGACUAUGUCUCCGCACCUUCUCUCUCAAGAAGCUUUGGCCAAGUACGACGAGGAGGAGAAGAGGAGAGGAGUGGAUGUAGGGGUAGAUGAGAAGAAGCGGAGGGCGGAGGCAAUGGAGAGAUUGAUGCACAUGAUAAUGGGGCUUCCGUCUCGUGAAGCCGUGACCGCCGAUCUCGCAUCUGCUGGCUGUCACUUCUCGUCCGUCGAAUUUUAUGAAGUACGUCACUUGUGGGAGGACAUGCCAGAGGGGGACAUAGAGAAGGUGACAUCUUCACGGGGCCCAUACUUUUGUGGAGUAUCUCCCGGAUUCAAGGACAUCGUCGCAGGGAGAGACAUGCAAUUAGUGAUGUCGAAGCUGGACGAAGUGAUGAGAUCCCGCCUCAACGAGAAACGCAAAGUGGCUGUUCCGUGGAAAGAGCUCUUUACAAUUCUCACCAAAUGAGAAAAGACAAAUAAAAACCGAAAACAAAAAACAACAAAAACAAAAAAAAAACGCAAUAACAGAGUCUAAUAACCACAAGAAAAAAAACGAAAAAGCAAAAUAGUAAAUGCGAGAGUGAAAUGAAAGACUGACCUUGCG